CUCUUCAGUUAAAGGAGAUGGUCUAGCGUCCGUCUGAGGACAUAGAGUAACUUCCCCUUCAGGAAGCAGAGUUUGAUCCAGUUAAAAUAACUGCGCUGUAGUGAGAGCAGCAAUGUAAGCAUGAAACUCCCCAGAUGGAUGGUCUGGUACCCCGUCCCUCUCCUACCUGUCUCUGAUGAGCAAAGAGAUGCAGACAGACAUGCACUUCAUCUGUGUGCAAAAUGACUGCUCAAGUAACACUGGAGGAUGCCUUGUCCAAUGUGGAUCUCUUGGAAGAAUUACCAUUGCCAGAUCAGCAACCAUGUAUUGAACCGCCGCCAUCAUCUCUGCUUUACCAGCCAAACUUCAACACUAAUUUUGAAGACAGAAAUGCAUUUGUCACUGGCAUUGCAAGAUACAUUGAGCAAGCUACAGUCCAUUCUAGCAUGAAUGAAAUGCUAGAAGAGGGUCAGGAAUAUGCAGUCAUGUUAUACACAUGGAGAAGCUGCUCAAGAGCCAUUCCUCAGGUCAAGUGCAACGAGCAGCCUAACAGAGUAGAAAUUUAUGAGAAAACUGUAGAAGUUCUGGAGCCGGAAGUCACAAAACUGAUGAAUUUUAUGUAUUUUCAGAGAAAUGCAAUUGAACGAUUUUGUGGGGAGGUGAGACGCUUGUGCCACGCAGAGAGGAGGAAGGACUUUGUGUCUGAAGCAUAUCUGAUCACGCUCGGCAAAUUCAUCAACAUGUUUGCAGUAUUGGAUGAGUUGAAAAAUAUGAAGUGCAGUGUGAAGAACGACCAUUCAGCCUACAAGCGAGCUGCUCAGUUCCUGCGGAAAAUGGCAGAUCCUCAGUCCAUUCAAGAAUCCCAGAACCUCUCCAUGUUCCUUGCCAACCACAACAAGAUAACACAAUCUUUACAGCAGCAGUUGGAGGUGAUUGUUGGCUAUGAAGAGCUGCUUGCAGAUAUUGUGAAUUUGUGUGUGGACUACUAUGAAAACAAAAUGUAUCUAACGCCCAGUGAGAAACACAUGCUUUUGAAAGUUAUGGGCUUUGGAUUGUACCUGAUGGAUGGAAGUGUCAGUAACAUCUAUAAGCUGGAUGCAAAGAAAAGGAUAAAUUUAGCCAAGAUAGACAAGUUCUUUAAGCAGUUGCAGGUUGUCCCACUGUUUGGUGACAUGCAGAUUGAACUUGCAAGAUACAUUAAGACCAGUGCCCAUUACGAGGAAAAUAAAUCCAGAUGGACAUGCACGUCUUCCAGCAGCAGUCCCCAAUACAAUAUAUGUGAGCAGAUGAUCCAAAUCAGAGAAGACCAUAUGCGUUUCAUAUCAGAACUGGCUCGUUACAGCAACAGUGAGGUGGUGACUGGAUCUGGUAGACAGGAAGCUCAAAAAACAGAUGCAGAGUAUCGGAAGCUCUUUGAUCUGUCUCUCCAAGGCCUGCAGCUUCUCUCCCAGUGGAGUGCACAUGUCAUGGAAGUGUAUUCAUGGAAGCUGGUACACCCAACUGACAAAUAUUCUAAUAAAGAUUGUCCUGACAAUGCAGAAGAGUAUGAAAGAGCAACAAGAUACAAUUAUACUAGUGAGGAGAAGUUCGCUUUGGUUGAGGUGAUUGCCAUGAUCAAAGGUCUUCAGGUGCUGAUGGGAAGGAUGGAAAGUGUUUUCAAUCAUGCCAUUCGCCAUACCAUUUAUGCAGCUCUUCAGGACUUUGCCCAGGUCACACUUAGAGAGCCAUUAAGACAAGCCAUUAAAAAGAAGAAAAAUGUCAUUCAGAGUGUUUUGCAGGCUAUCAGAAAGACAGUCUGUGACUGGGAAGCAGGUCAUGAGCCGUUCAAUGACCCAGCUCUAAGGGGAGAGAAGGACCCUAAAAGUGGUUUUGACAUCAAAGUCCCAAGGCGUGCAGUGGGACCCUCCAGCACUCAGCUCUACAUGGUUCGCACUAUGACAGAGUCCUUAAACUCUGCUGAGCUGUUGAAGCAGCUCAAGUCUCUGGGAUUGGAAAAGCUAUUGCAUGUGACACACAAGUUUCUGAGGCAGUCCUACAUCUAUCCGCCUCUUUUAAACUUUGGUGAAACCCUGCAGCAAUGCUGUGAUCUGUCCCAGCUGUGGUUCAGGGAAUUCUUCUUAGAGCUGACCAUGGGCAGAAGAAUCCAGUUUCCCAUUGAGAUGUCCAUGCCUUGGAUUCUGACAGACCAUAUUCUGGAGACCAAAGAGGCAUCAAUGAUGGAGUAUGUUCUUUAUUCUUUGGACCUUUAUAAUGACAGUGCUCAUUAUGCACUUACUAAAUUUAAGAAGCAGUUCCUCUAUGAUGAGAUUGAGGCAGAGGUAAACCUAUGUUUUGACCAAUUUGUCUACAAGCUGGCAGACCAAAUAUUUGCGUAUUACAAGGCAAUGGCUGGCAGCCUACUUCUGGAAAAACGAUUACGUUCAGAAUGCAAGAAUCAGGGAGCAACCAUUCAGUUGCUACAGUCCAACCGCUAUGAGACACUGCUGAAACAGAGACAUGUCCAACUUCUUGGUAGGUCAAUAGACCUGAACCGACUGAUCACUCAGCGAAUUUCAGCAGCCAUGUACAGGUCAAUGGAACUGGCAAUUGGUCGAUUUGAAAGUGAGGAUUUGACUUCCAUUGUGGAGCUGGAUGGCUUGAUAGAGAUAAACAAAAUGACUCACAAGCUUCUGAGUAGAUACAUGACCUUAGACAGCUUUGAUGCCAUGUUCAGAGAAGCCAAUCACAAUGUGUCAGCCCCUUAUGGAAGAAUCACUCUUCAUGUCUUUUGGGAACUCAAUUAUGAUUUCCUUCCAAACUACUGCUACAAUGGAUCUACUAACAGAUUUGUUCGGACCGUGCUACCAUUUUCUCAGGAGUUUCAGAGAGAUAAGCAGCCUAAUGCACAGCCGCAGUAUCUCUAUGGAUCAAAGGCAUUGAAUCUGGCAUACUCCAGCAUCUACAGCAACUACAGGAAUUUUGUUGGUCCCCCUCACUUUAAAGUCAUCUGUAGACUUCUUGGGUAUCAGGGUAUUGCUGUGGUGAUGGAGGAGUUGCUGAAAGUUGUCAAGAGCCUGUUACAAGGGACCAUUCUUCAGUAUGUCAAGACCCUAAUGGAAGUGAUGCCCAAGAUCUGUAGGUUACCGAGACAUGAGUAUGGUUCUCCAGGUAUCUUGGAGUUUUUUCACCAUCAGUUGAAGGACAUCGUUGAAUAUGCAGAACUGAAGACUGUCUGCUUCCAGAAUUUGCGGGAAGUGGGAAAUGCCGUCCUGUUUUGCCUCCUCAUUGAACAGAGUCUGUCCCUAGAGGAAGUGUGUGACCUGUUGCACGCAGCGCCGUUCCAAAAUAUCCUGCCCAGAGUUCACGUCAAAGAGGGUGAAAGACUCGAUGCUAAAAUGAAGAGACUAGAAUCAAAAUAUGCUCCACUACACUUGGUUCCUCUCAUUGAAAGACUAGGAACACCCCAGCAAAUAGCAAUCGCAAGGGAAGGGGACUUGCUGACCAAAGAACGCCUCUGCUGCGGCCUGUCCAUGUUUGAGGUUAUCCUGACGAGGAUCCGCUCCUUCCUGGACGAUCCCAUCUGGCGCGGGCCCCUGCCCAGCAAUGGGGUGAUGCACGUGGACGAGUGUGUGGAAUUCCAUCGCCUCUGGAGCGCCAUGCAGUUCGUCUACUGCAUCCCCGUGGGAACGCACGAGUUCACUGUGGAGCAGUGCUUUGGAGACGGCUUGCACUGGGCUGGCUGUAUGAUCAUCGUGCUUUUGGGACAGCAGCGUCGCUUUGAUGUGUUGGAUUUCUGCUACCACCUGUUGAAAGUCCAAAAGCAUGAUGGCAAAGAUGAGGUUAUAAAGAAUGUGCCUCUGAAGAAAAUGGUUGAGAGAAUUCGCAAGUUCCAGAUUCUGAAUGAUGAAAUAAUUGCUAUUUUGGACAAGUAUUUGAAGUCCGGCGAUGGAGAGAGCACACCUGUGGAACAUGUGCGCUGCUUCCAGCCACCUAUUCAUCAGUCCCUUGCCAGCAACUAGACUUCCCACCUAACAAUACUUUUUGCACCUGUUUAGGCUAGAAGUACGAGAAAAAAACCAACAAAAAUCACACCAACAGUUUUAAGGAAUACUCUCAUUUGCAUUCCUCAGUAUGCCUCUGCCAUUUGAGUGGUGCACUGUCCUCUUCAGUCUCCAAGCACAGUAACUGUAUACAAUCCAUACUUAUUUUUCUAGGCAAAAAUUUUAUACACUUUGAUUAAAAACCUGCGACUGUAAAAGAUUUUUGAAAUCUCUUUGCAUUCCUGUACUGAAGUGGCCAUUUUAGACUGGACUGGAAUAAUUUUACCUUGAAGCUAUCAAAAUAAUAGCUGUGGAGGAUUAGAAACUGGGUUCUGUAGAAAAAAAUUUUUAGAAAUCAAUUCCUAAUUGUUUCUAUUAGAGCAUUAAUUGCUUAAUUAGCCUUUAUUAAAAAAAAAAUCAACUAUGCUGGUGCUUUGUGAAUAAUUUUUCUAGUCAGUUGAUUAUCUUUCUUCUUUGCAAAACUAUUCUCUGAGAUCAGCAAUUAUGGAAAUGAAGGCUAAUUAAGGUGAUUGUUUCAAAGUGAUUUAACAUGGAGGUGACUGAUAGUAUUCUGGUGUUUCUAAAAGGCAGUAGUUUGACUGAUUAGAAUGGGGACUGUUUACUUUUUCCUAACGAGAACUUCUAACACAAUUUAUAUUUUGGUUGGCGAUAUAUACCCGUGUACCAAAAUACAUGUUUACAAGUGAUAAGGAAUUCUUGUUUACAAGAAUCUUGUCUACAGUGAUCAGGUGUAAUCUAUCCCAGUACGUAAGCUCUAAUGAAAUUAAUCAUGAUUUACUUAUGGAAAGUAUUUGUUUAAUUACACUUACUGUAUUAUGCAAACACCACAUCAGUAAAAUUGUUUGUAAAACUUU